GCCUUCCACAGCGGACUCUGCUCUUCGUCCUUCCCUCGGGGCCGGCGGAGCGCACCAGUACCCGGCCAGGCGAGGGGAGGCGGUGGUUAUGUGCGGGGAAGGCUGGGACGUGCUCUCAGCCGCCCGUGGGGAGAGGCGGGAGGCGUUUGCUGCCAUAGAGCCCUUAAGCAGAAAGCAGCUGUAAGCAAGUGCGAGGUGGUAAAACUAAAGAACAGGAAAUCCCCCGCUUCUGUCUGAAAUAUGACCUGAAGUGGCUUGGGCUUGUUUAAACUGGGAGAUGUGGAGUGGACUGUUGCCUCCAGGACUGAAUGAAAGCGAUGUUGACUUAAGUUCUGAUGAUGGAGACAGUUCCUUCUCAAAGGAGGAUGUGAAAGAUGUUGAAGGAGCUCAGGUUCCUGAAUUGCAGGAGAAUAGACCUGAAAGUAAUGCCACCAGGGAGCCCGUUGUGAUAUCUGCAAUACCUGAAGAAAAUGAAUCUCGGCCAUGCCCUUCUGGAAUUUCUUUACAUACGUGGAACAAAUUUCUGGAGCUCCAGAAGAAAAGCCAUGAAAUGAAAACCCAGUCGAAACAGGAAAGCAAAGGCCGGAAAAGAAAGCGCCGCAGAAAAGGAAAACAGAAACAGAGUGAUGACGCAACUAAGAGUAGCCAGCAGUUGGCAAAUGAAGAGAAAUGGAAAGAGCUUACACAAUACUUUGGAAUCAAUGAUAGAUUUGAAACGCCUGUGGAUAGCAGGGCUCCCCAAAAGUCUGGCCUUGAACUUAGCAUAGAGAAGUCUGUGGCUGAAGGUGACAUUGAUAAGGCUGAGGAGCUGAGUGAUAGAUUAGCUGCUCGUGAGCUUGGUGUGAAAAUUGCCAAAGCUGUUGCUUGCCGCAACUUUGUAAAAGCCAAGCAAGAAGCAGAGGCUGCCCAAGAAGCUCAAAAGAAAAAGAAGCUUGCUUGGGGAUUUGAAGCCAAGAAAAGAUGGGAGACAAAGAGCAACAUGGGAUACAUGUAAUCCAUCCUGUUCUCCUCAGGACUUAAAUACUUGUUUUUACUUGAAGAAUCUUUGUGGGCAACUUCUUAAAUCUAAACACAAAAGAAACCCCAAAACAAACCCAAACAUAUCAGAUUCCUUGUGUUUCUCUUAAUACUGUUAGACUGCAGCAUCUUUUUUUUAUUUUGUCUUAUAAUGCUGUAAAAAUACUAUCUAGACACCAGUGCCAUGUUAAAUAAAGCAUUUUUCUCCAAAAUAUGAGAAUUUAAGAU